GCCCAAGACUCGAUAAGAACCCUCGUUAUCCCCCUCCGUACCUUCCGGACAGCUCCACUGAGGGAACGUGGAAGGCACGGAAGAAAAUUGGGAAAUAUUGGAACUAAAGGUGCCAGUACCUAGAUGCUUACCUACUACUUGUGAUUUUUCUCGAGAAAAAGGGGAAGGGAUCUUGCCCGUGAUAUAGCAGGCGAUUAAUGCAGGUACAUGAGAAUUACUGUCAAUCAACUCGGACAAUUUUGAGUCGGGAUGACCUAGUUAUCAACAUAAGAUGUUAAACAUCAGGUGUUCCAGAAGCCUAGGUCCGUGGAGGAAUAGGAGAUAGGCCGGAUCGAGUCCAGGGCCGGAUCUAGGUAGUAUUCGGACGGGGACAAAGCGUAUGUCUGCGUACUACCCCCAUUUACUUGUUAGAUGGCUCCUUGUUCGCUGUAUGGCGUGAGAAUUCAUUCCCCUGCGUAUCACAUUAAUGCCGCUACCUAGCCCCUGAGGAUCAGAAACACAACCUAGGAGUCGGUUGAUAGAUGGAUCUUCCUUUGAACGAAGCUUAAUGUUGACCAAGCAUUCGUCGGGAUUAUAUUAUGGGUACCCUUAUAUUAUUGCCAACCACUCCUUCCUCUUCACCUCCUUCAUUCCUCUCACACUGGUCGCCCACGUGUAUCGAAAUCUGACUUCCCACGAUAACCCUAGAAGUUCCAGAUGGAUAUUCUGGUGAGACGUUCAGGUUCAGACAUCCCUUGGGAGAUCGUGGAGGCUUUUAAGACCAAUGCCACUGGAAUUCCAGACUAUGUAACACCGGAAUACCUUGCAGAGUCGCAGAAUCAUGUCACAAAUGGAGGGAUCAUCUUUCUGGUGGUGUUCGCCGGUCUGAUAUAUCUACUGCGUGCAUACGGACGGUUAUUCGUGAUCAAAAGCUUCGCGCUUGAUGACUGGCUGGCCGGUCUCUCGCUACUAUGCUACAUUACCUUUUCGGGAUUAUGUAUAGGCAUCAUCAACACCGGUGCAGCUCGGCAUAACGAGUACGUCCAAUACAUCGUGACGAACUCACAACUCGAUCUCGCCCAAAUCUUGGACUUUUGGGCUCAUUUGGUCUAUGCAACGGCCCUCUUCGUAUGUCGAAUGUCGGGUCUGACGUUCUAUCAUCGCCUGUGCGGUCGCAGUGGCAGUCUGAUAUGGACAGUCCGAUGUUCUGCCGUGUUCCUCGUCGCUGGCUAUAUUCCUCAGAUCUUCCUCAUUGUCUUCCAUUGCAAACCAGUGACUGCACUGUGGCCCAACUACUUUCAAUCAAACGUCAACGAUUACAAGUGCCUGCCAUGGGUCAUCCUCUACGCUACCAACUCCAGCAUUUCCAUCCUGAGUGAUCUGAUCCUCUUCGUCAUUCCUAUUAUCAUCAUUCUCAAGCUCAAGGCAACCACAAGAACGAAGCUCGCACUCUCGGCAGUUCUACUCCCGGGUGUCUUAGUCAUUAUUAUUUCCAUCUUCCGCCUCUGGAUCGUUAUCCAAAGCAACGGUGUAUUCGUCGACACUAGCUGGGUCUACGGUCCUCAACUGGUUAUUGAAUGCGCUGAAGUUGGCUCUACCAUCAUCGCGCUCUCGAUACCUGGUCUCAAACCUCUUUUCCAAAACUGGUUCUCUCUCUUCAACCUCCAGUUGAAAUCCUACUCCCGUUCCCGUGGUCUCUCUCGCCCAACUCACAACACCUCCACUAAGAUCACCGAGCCCGGUCUUUCCCGCGCCGAUUGCUAUGCUCGCGCGCCCUCGGAGUCAUCCGUAGGCGACCGCCAAUACCCCUUGGGCAGAGCGUAUGGUGCUGAUAAGGGCAGUGAUGAUGAGCUCUUGGAUAUGGAGAGGGGAAACCGGAAGCAGAGUCCUGGAAUAGAGGUGACGACUACGAUCAUGCAGAUGAGGGAUUUAGCUAAGAAGGAGGAAAAUAUGUAAACUACCUUUGAGGAGGGUGUUUACCGCGUGAUAGUGUCAGCGAAUUUAAGCUUUGAAUGAUGUUAUGGACUUGUAUAUUCUAGUUAGCAAGGCUCGUACGAGCUCCUCGCCUUUCAUCUAACUCGACGAUAGGCAGGCAUAUAUCCCAUGUUAUACUUGCCUGCUCCUAACGUCGUCGCAGGCUGUUUUUAUGCCGAUUGUACAACUAGAACAAAUAAUCUCUUAAGGAUAUUAUAACAAACCCACUAGAUUCAGCUAGAACAUCUAAGGAUGCUAAAGACGUGGCAUAUAGGG